AUGACUGCAUUUCAUCGCCGACCUGUCGAGGUGGCAACCAGCGUGUACGCGCGCAAACGCGUCGCACUCCACACCGCCAACAACCUCGUUACGAGUGGCAUGACACCCCGCAGUCUGAAACAUCUCAGUGUUUGUGGCUGCAUGCCUACGCGCCUCGCCAUCAAGAUGAAGUUUACCGCCGCUCUUUCAGCACUCGCCGUGGCUUGCACGGUCGGAACGACGUUCGCUGCACCUGCCGUCUCCGGCGUCGCUCCAACCCUUGGUAACGAGCUUGCCGAGCGUACAGACUAUAGCACCAUCAAGUGGCUUCAGUCGUGGGAAGUCUGGAUCCAGGCUGGUCUGGUCGAUACGGAAGCAACGGUUUACCUCAACUUUCGCAUCAACUAUGAUCCCGAUUCGCAGAACUUCGAUUACAUUGAUGUCCAUACUGGCAACUACGGCAGAGUUGAGCCGCACUUGAUCGACGCCCGACCCGGCCAUACCAAGACGACGGAAUACCUCGUCAAUCUCGAUAAGCACACCCAAUGGAACUUCCAGAUCUUCUUUGAUCCUUCGCCAGAUGCUCAGGACAAGAACAUCUACUUCUCCAUGACGCCCGGCGGUACUGUCAUCAAUGGCAAGACAGUCAAAUACAGAGCUGGCAGCACGAUCAUGGACUUUGGCGCCGUGGUCCUGCUCGAUGGCGAGCCAAUCCCUAUUCAGCAUUUCCCUACUUACCCGCCUUCUUGA